AGGCAAAUUAUAUUUAGUUUUUCUUUGGUUCAUAUAUGUAUAAUUGGCUUCUUAUACCCUGGUGGUGUUCUUCCAAAUUAGUCUUUAUCUUAUAGGGGGUGUAAAAGUUGACUUUUUUUUUUUUUUUUAUAGAGUUCAAGGUAUAUUAUGCAUAUUAGAAUUUUAGAAAUCAGUAUGGUAGUAUUAUAAGCUGUUUAUUUUGUGCUUAGACUAUAGUUUAGUUUUUUCUUGGAAUCAUGUGAUAUACAAAUGGGUUCUUCUUAGAUCCCACUCUGCUUUGUGAGUUAAAGGGGGGAAAAAGGAUGAUCUGUUUUAGCUUUCAGGGUAUCUUAAGCGAAAAUAAAAAUAAAAAUGCAUAUUGGAGAGGGGAAUGAUAGUUACUCCCUAAAUUUCAAUUUGUUUGUCUUACUUUCUUUUUUAGUCUGUUUAAAAAAGAAUGUCUCUUUCCUUUUUUGGCCACUCUUUAAUUUCAACUUUCCACGUGGCAUGUUUGACCACAAGAUUAAAGAACGUUUUAGUACAUUCUACAUUCUUUAGGUUAUGACUACAAGAUUCAAGAGUCUUCUUUAUUUUCUUAAACUCCGUGCCGAAUUAAAACCAGACAAACAAAUGGAAAGGGAGGUAGUACAAUUUUAUCUAUUUUGUGCUGAGAGUACUUUUGUUUUUAUUUGAUUCACGAGUGCAAAAUUGUGUUCUUUUUGGCUGGUCUAGUUCUAAUCUAAUCUGUAAGUUAAAGGAAAGAAGGAAAAUAUGACCUUUUUUCUGUUCCGGGCCAUCUUAAACAUAUCGGAGAAAAGAAUGGUAGUAUUAUACAAAAACUGUUCUAUACUUAGAGUAGUUUGACACUGGAGUAGACUGAAAUUAAAUUAAGGCUAAAAUUCUAGUCCUAAAGUAAGAAUCGUAGAAUCAGUCAAGGGUGUGGCCUAGCAAAGUGGGUUGAGCACCAUAAGAUCUCAAGUUCAAAUCCAGCAGAGGCAAAAAUAAUAGAUGAUUUCUUUGUAUCUGUCCAAGCCUUGGCAAAUAGAGUUACUUGGUACUUAUGCUGGUGGAGUUAGCAAGUAACUUGUGGAAUUAGCCUAGGCGCAUGUAAGCUGACCCAGACACCACGGUUAUAAGAAAAAAGUAAGAAUGUUUGGACUUUGGGAAUCAUGUCGAUAUUAUCACAGGUCAAGAUAAAAAAGUAGGGGGGAUUUGACACAGAUAAUAUGUCUAGUCUUAGUUUCCUUACCAACCAUGUUUACUGCAGUCUAGAGUGACUUAAGUGGAAAUUUAGGGUUUAUUGAUGAGCCUGAGUUAGGCCAAGCAAAACUGAAUUAAAUCUUAUCUAGUUUUCUUUUGUUCAUUUCGUUUGGCUGAAGUUCCAAAAGCAUAAUGUUGAUAGUGAAUCAUGAGAAAACACUGUAAUUAUUACAAAGACAUUACUGAUCUUAUUGUCUUGUGCAGGAUAAAGUUCUUGGGAUCCUCAAGUUCUCUGGUUUUAAAUGUAUUAUUCAUGAUGAAUAAUUCUGAGAUCAUAUUCCUGUUUCAUUAAAGAAAAGUCAAUAGAGAGGCAUAUGCUUCUUUUGUGUUUUUGCUCUUUAUUGUUCUUGACAGAUAUCAUUUGUUGGGACAAAAGCACUUUGUUAAUACAGUAUAAAAAACAAACAGCCUUCUGUUCUGCGAAUUGUCAUUCUUCAAAUGCUAUUACAUGGAUUUGAAGUUCUGCCUGUGUCUUUUCUUACUUGGUUCUAGCUGGUGCUGUACUGCUAGAAAAUUAGCUGCCUGUAACCCUCUUAUUACUGAAACUGAAGAUGUUUCUGUACUGCAGAUAAAUAACCUAGAAGAACCGAGACAAGCUCAACCUUUGGAAGAAGUCAAUGGAAAUGAACAGUUGUGCACAUUCUGUGAAGAAUAUGCUGCUAAGGCAGUUAAUUACAUGGCUAAUAACAGGACCGAAAGAGAGAUCAUUGACCACCUUCACAAAUCCUGUUUGAAGUUGCGAUUUUACAAGGAGUGCUCCAUACUCGUGGAUUAUUAUGCUCCUCUCUUCUUCUUAGAGAUCAACAAAAUAAGACCUGAAGACUUUUGCCAAAAGUUUGGCCUUUGUGAACGAGAUGUUGCCAAUUCUCAGGUUUUUUCUGAAAAGAACUGCAAUUUAUGCCACCAAGUAGUUACGGAGGCUGAAAAGAAAUUGAAAGAUCCUGACACCCAGUUGGAGAUACUUGAGCUCUUGAAGGCAUGUGGAGCUCUCAAACCUUAUGCUAAAAAGUUUCUGGAAAAGAAUGACAUAUGUGCUAUUCUUCACGCUUGCGAGCCUGCAGUAGAUAAAGAGCAACCAUCACUGAGGAAGCAAACUUCAUCGCAUUCUUUGUCUUAAGGAAAUGGUUGGGAACGUAUUGUUCUAUGUAAACAAAUGUACACCAUCAAAAAGUUUCUGCAAUGUUGUGUAUAUAGUUUAAUAGGUUGAAUUCCAAACUUCAUUUAUUGUUAUGAACACAGUUCUUUAUGCAACAGUAAAUAUAUCAAAAGUUAGUACUCAAA